GAUCUUUCUCUCUCCUAUACAAGGCAUCAGCAGGGAGAGCAGCCCCAGGAGGUUUUGUUCUUCUCUAGCUUUUGCCAAGCUCUCUGCCUCCCUGCAGGGACACGCCAGCGUGCCAGUCUGCAUCUUGGUAGCCCCUAACAGGAUGCCCAGAUUUUUCCCUGUAGCAGCACAAGAUUGGAAACAGGCACUGUUUUUCUCCUAGCCUAAACACCCACGUCCCAAGCUGCUGCCUGCAAUUAAACCAGCAAUUUAGUCCAGGAGGUGCUGCAACACCACAGCCAAAGUGACCGUUUGACCCUCAUUGUAUCCUGUGCCCGUUAUCACCUGACCCCGCCGGAGUUAUAAAUACGACAACAAUAGAGCCUUAACUGGAUUAUAAUUAGACAAUGAGCCCAGGAGGAUGGAAACAAUGAACUAUAAAAGCCUGUCUAUCCUCCCAGCUAGGACCUACACACACGGGAAAGCACUGGAAUGGGCGAGUUACCAGGACCUGUAAGAGAAAAGCUACAGAUUUCCCCCAAAUUGGAUUCGGCGCAUCCUCUAACGGCUCACGCUCCUGCCACCAGGUAUUACACAGCCCUGGUCACAGGAGACCUGAGAAGCCUCGAGCUCCUGACCGACCGAUACUAUCAAGAUGUCAACCUGGUUUUUGAGAUCAAUAAAAAUGAGCUGGAGUGGCAGGUGAAAAGCCAAGCGUCUUACGGACUCUCAGGGCUGUGGUCUCUGGAGUACAAGCAGGACCUGACCACCCCGCUCUGCCUGGCCGCCCGCUGGGGCCAUGUCUCCUGCCUGCGCCAUCUCCUCCACCGACGGGCCGACCCCGACCUGGCACCGGGGGGGCUCGGGCCCCUACACGAAGCCUGUUUGGGGGGUCACACCGACUGCGUGGAGCUGCUGCUGGAGCACAAGGCUGAUCCCAACCUGCGGAGCGACGAGGGCCUGGCCCCACUGCACCUCUGCACCACCCAAGACUCCCUGGGAUGCGCCAAGGAGCUGCUGAGACACGGGGCCAUCGUUGACCUGCCCAGCGAGGACGGCGGGGAGACGGCACUGCACGUGGCGGCCAGGCACGGCCUCUACGACCAUGCCCGCCUCUACCUGAGGCACGGGGCCUGCGUGGACGCUCGCAGCGGGCGGGAGGAGACGGCCCUCAGCAUCCUCUGUGGCCAAGAGCCGGGCACCGUCGAGGGCUGCCUGAGGUUUUGCCGGCUGCUGACCAGCCACGGUGCCGACAUCGACGCCCGGGAUGAGACGCGGAGGAGCCCCUUGCACAAGGCCUGCGGGGCCGCCAACGCCGGCCUGGCCUCCUUCCUCCUGAGGCGCGGGGCCGACGUCAACGCCAUCGACUACAAUGGCGUCUCCCCCUUGGGCUGCGCCCUGCAGAGCGCCUCCCUCAAGAAGGACCUGCGCCCCCACCUCGCCGUCCAGCUGCUGCUCAACCACGGCUCCCAGAAGAUAUGGCCCCCCGCUUUUGUCAAGGUGCUGAAGUCCUGCGCAGCUGUGCCAGAGAUCAUUGAAGUCCUCUUCAAUUCCUACUCACAAAUCUGCGUCUCCGAGAAGUGGCUGGAGGCCGUGCCAGAGGAGGUAUUUCAGCAGCACCAGCUCUUCUACGAGUCCUUUUUUCGGCUGGCGGGCACAGCCCGCUCCCUGCAACAUUUGUGCCGCGCCACCAUUCGGAAAAAGUUUGGCAGCCAGUGCCACUGCCUGAUCCCUUUGCUGCCCGUCCCCAAACCCCUGCACGACUACCUGCUGUUAAAACCCGAGGGUGUCGUGCUUUGAAGGGGCCGAGAGGACCCCAAACCAGGGCCCCCUCCCCCCCCAGAGCAUCCAUUUCUGUCAUCCGGGCGAAGGAGCGCCCCGUUUUCAUGAUGGAUGGUGGUUUUUCAGGGAUUUAUAACACAAACUAAAAAUGUGCUUUCGGCUGUAACUUCGUAUGGAUUUUAU